CGGAGCCGCCGGACUUUCCAACAAGAAGUGCCGCUCCCCACCAAUAGAUGGAGCAGCCCGACAGACUUGCUACAGAAUUCAAUUUCUCAGCCAUGGCGGCGAACAGCUUCCUUGAUGGGGACCUAAGCCUUUCCUUAGCAAACACGUCCUUCUUCUCCAGCAUCAGCAAAUCACUCAACCUUCCCAAGAUCAUGAGCAUCUGCAGGGGUGACAAGGGCCGAGGGGUGCUAUCUAUUGGACAGUUGCCAGACGCCAUAGCCAAGUCUGUGCAGUAUGCGGCUAUGUACAAGGGAGAUGGGAGAUACUCAGCAACUGCCAACCACAUACAAUUUGGAAACACUGCCCAAGAUGAGGAACUUGAGGUUGCAUUCAGCACCAGCUUUGACACCAGUUUCAUCCCCACAGAUGGUUUUGAUGCCUUUAUAACUGAGAAAGGGUCCGUCCCUCAAGGAAGGGGAUUAGGAGGUAACCAUGGACAACAGGACAUGGUUGGCAGCGUUGCAGACUCUCACCCAGGUGGGACAGUUCUGGGCCGAGGUCCCACUAGCAGAAAGGAUAGGAUCGAGCUCCUCAAUCUGGAUGUGUUUUAUGCGGAGAUGCAGAAAAGCAGUUCAAUCUUUGCUAGUGGGACCACGCCCCUGGUGUCGCUUUUCUGGCAGCAGAUCAACACCAGCCUCAUUGGGAUUGUCCCUGAAGAACUUCAAUGUGAAUGGAUACAUAGAUCCGCUGCGCUACCGGGGGAGCAGCGCCGGCGCCAAGCAAGCUCUGGAGGAGCCCACGCGGCGAGCGGGAGACGUGGUAGUGUACCGAUGCGUGUGCCAGGUGGAGCGCUGCUAGCGGGAGGUGCAUUGCCAGGUGGAGUGCCGCUAGCGGGCGGUGUGCUGCCAGGUGGAAUGCUGCUAGUGGGCGGUGCGCUGCCUGGUGCCAGGUGGAGCGCUGCUAGCGGGCGGUGCGCUGCCAGGUGGAGUGCCGCUAGCGGGUGGUGCGCUGCCAGGUGGAAUGCUGCUAGUGGGCGGUGCRCUGCCUGGUGGAGUAGCGCUCGUGCGCGGCUGCGGAAAAUGAGGGAGGUGACAUCACAGAGACACGGACGUUGAGCGCUGCUACUCUACAAGGGGGAUGGUGGCGUCUCUAGUUGAC